GAACUGGUGGACAUAUUAGGAGCUCACAGGAAUACUUUGCGUCUCUAUAUGAAAUGCCAUGGUAUCCAAAGGAAGUACUCUGAACUCACAAAUGCUGAUCUCAAUGUUCUAAUCAGCAAGUUCAAGAAAAGGUGCCCAGACUCUGGAAUAAGAUACAUUAUUGGGCAUCUUCGCAGGCAUGGCAUCCGCAUGCAACAUCAUCGAGUGGUACAUUCACUUCAUUGA